AUGGAGGGAAUUAAACCACCACCAACAAAGCAGGGCAAGAAUGAAGAGGCACUGACCAAGUAUGCCGCCUUUCUCUGUGGUCUCAUGGUUUUAGUUAUCGCCAUUCGUUGCUUGCGCAGUCGUUGUUUCACAUCUCCCCACUCGAAAACGUCGGCUUCAUUAUCGACUUACGGACGUAAGGCCUCUUUCGUGGUAUUCCAAAAUUUACAGAGACGGCUGCCAGCCUCAUGGUUUGGCCGACCUUCUUUGGGGUUCAUCGUAAUGAUCAGUGUCUAUCUUAUCGGCAAUGUCGCUUUCUGCUCAAGUAUGCUUGCGAUGCCUCAACUCUUGAAUCAUUGGGCUUCUCGAUUUGGGUGGAUGUGCGUUGGCAAUAUGGCGCUAUGUGUCUUUUUCGGCCUCAAGAACACGCCUGUGGGUCUCCUAGCCUCAGUUUCGCACAGCCAACUGAACAUCCUUCAUCGUGUUGUUGGUUACACAACUGUAUUUCUCCUCGCACUUCACGCCAUCGUUUACACGAUACAUUUCGGCCGCCAAGGUCGCUUGGUACAGUUGUUGAAGAAGGAGGACAUCGAGGGCAUGGGUGCCGGUAUUGCCAUGCUUGUCCUACUGAUGGGAGUGUUUAGACACAAGCACUACGAACUGUUCUAUGCUAGCCAUAUCAUGGGCUUCAUGGCGGUUGUGCUCUUGACAGCGCUGCAUAGGCCAAACUGGGCAAAGAAGAUCCCCACAGUGAUGCUCACCAUAUUUAGUAUGUGGACAGUGGACCGACUCAUACGGUUGAGCAAGUUAUUAUAUAACCUGGUCAACAACUCGGCGACAUUAUAUCCUCUUUCAUACAAAGGAACACGAAUAAUGCUCAGGAAGCCUGGUAUGGAAGACGCUUUACCUGGAUCGCACUGCUUUUUGUGGAUUCCGGGACUUCGAUUAUUUGAGACUCAUCCAUUCACUAUCGUCAGCAACGACUCCUCUGGUCUCGAGUUGGUCAUGAAAUCGCAUGAGGGCUUCACCAAAGCUGUCGGCACUUUUGCAAGGGUGAAUCCCAGAGCUACUCUAUCAGUAUCUAUCGAUGGGCCAUAUGGGUCACUGCCAGACGUGAACAACUACGAAAAACUGGUUCUUAUAGGUGGUGGAAGUGGAGCUGCAUUUACCUUUGGAGUCAUGAACCGUAUCAUGAUGCAGCGCGAAAAGCUUGCAAUCCAGUCUAUCGAGUUUGUAUGGGCUGUGAGGCACGUGGAGCAAUUGAGCUGGUUUCGCCGACAUUUGCGCGAUAUUGCGAACUCAGAAUAUCCCAUCAGUGUCAAUGUCUACGUUACAGGCGAACGGUCUGCAUCUGGGUCAGUAAAUGACGACAUCGACCCUCUAACAUCUCCAUGCGGAGCAGAAAGGGGAAUUCUGCUAAGAGAGGAUGCUUUCGACUACCAAACAAUCUCUGAGACUGACGAUUUAUGCGGGUUAACUGACGAUGAGCCGAAAUGCAACCCAUUAUUUGAGAAGCUAGACGUUGAUGAAACAGUUAGAACAGCUCUAGAAGCAUCAGCAAGUCAUGACCGAGUGUUAAUCUUAUCUUGUGGACCCAUGUCGCUCAUGGAUGCCGUGCAAGAUUCAGGAAGUAAAUGGCAGAAGAAACGGAAUAUUAGAAUAGACAUCCACUGUGAGGACUUUGGCGGCUGA